AUGAAGGUUAGGGACCUCCCAGGCGCCAAUUUCCGCAUCGCAACGACCUACAACUCACCCUACGAUCGGGCAAAAUGGACACACGACGGCGAGAGAACGAGACGGCGGGUGCGUCGGUGGAGACAGGAGAAGGAGUGGUACGAUGGACGGGUAGAGGCGUUUGCCCUGUCUAGGUCAUAUCUCGAGCUUGAGCGCGAAGAGGAUAGUAUGUGGGAGUGUACGGACAUCCUGGGCCGCGGGGCCUUUGGUAUGGUUGGGAAAUGGACCAAGUUUGACAAAACCGGCAGGGUUUUGGAUGACGUUGCGAUCAAGCAGUCCGACCUCGACGACCGUGAGCUUGACGAGGAGGGCCGUCCAACGGUACCCACCGAAGCCGUGCUGGUAAAGGCAUUGAUGAAUCAGGGAUGCCGGAACGUUGCCAAGCUGCGCGAGAUGAGAUUCUUUGACGGCGACCGACCAAAAUGGAGAUUGUACCUCGAAUACUACCGAUACGGUACCUUGCAUGACCUGAUCCAAAAAUACCGGGCACGGAACAAAAGAAAUCGUCAAGAAGACCGGAUCCCAGAAGCGUUUGUGUGGCAAGCAUUUCACGACUUUGCCCAGGCGUGUUAUCACAUGAAGGUUCUUCGGCUGGAUAGCAUUGGUGUCCGCUCGCCUCGGGGCGACCACUUCGCUCUGCACCUGGACCUGAAGGCAGAGAACGUUUUGCUGGGAGAUGCGCCUGCAAACCAGAAGAGUAUUCCGUAUCCGACGGUGAAAGUCGCAGACUGGGGUAUGGCCGAGUACACGAGCCUGGACGAUAGUAGGAACAGCAAGAGAUGGAAGAAGUACGGGACGAUUGUGUGGAUGCCUCCGGAACAACGGGACUUUGGCCGCUAUGGCGAACGAUGGCAUCAUCCCGUUCUGGGAGGCGCCAAUCAUCCUUACUCCAUGAAGCACGUCGUCUGGCAAAUCGGCGCCAACAUCUACGGGCUGAUGAACCUGGAUAUAUACAACGAGGACAUCAACGAGGUGAUCAAUAACGCCGAGGGCAUGGAGAACACCCUGCGAAAACACGGCUAUUCCGCCCUGAUGGGCUACCGGAGUCGGUUCUACUCGUCCGAGCUGACGAGUUUGGUCGAGGACUGCCUUCGGAUCGAUCCCUCGAGGAGGCCGAAUCCGUAUGAAUUGGUGGGGAGGACGCAGGACGGGCUGGCUCGAUAUACGGAGAAAUACCACCAGACGGGAGAUCAUCCAAAGUUGAAGCUGUAG